UGGUAUAAAAGGUCUGGGAAUUUCUAGAAGAUUUGCACCUGAAACUGCUAGGGGAAAGCUUCAGAAUGUUGGCCAUCAUUCUCUUAGCCCUUCUCUGUGCCUCGGCCUCUGGCAAUGCCAUUCAGUCCAGGUCCUCCUCUUACAGUGGGGAAUAUGGAGGUAAAGGAGGAAAGCGGUUCUCUCAUUCUGGCAACCAGCUGGACGGCCCCAUCACUGCCAUCCGUGUCCGAGUCAAUUCACGUUACAUAGUAGGUCUCCAGGUGCGCUACGGCACAGUGUGGAGUGAAUAUGUGGGUGGCAAGCAGGGAGACCUGGAGGAGAUCUUUCUGCAUCCCGGGGAGUCCGUGAUCCAGGUGUCUGGCAAGUACAGGUAUUACGUGAAGCAGCUGAUCUUCGUGACAGACAAAGGCCGCUACCUGCCUUUUGGAAAAGACUCAGGCACAAGUUUCAACGCUGUUCCCUUGCACCCCAACACCGUCCUCCGUUUCAUUAGUGGCCGAUCUGGCUCUGUCAUCGAUGCCAUUAGCCUACAUUGGGAUGUCUACCCUAGCCACUGCAACACUUGCUGAGAUCCACCUUUCUCUCUGGCAGAGGGGCUGUGUGGGUAUGAGAACCCUCUUAUCACCAAGCCCCAUGCAAACAUGCAAAUAGAUUAAUAAAAGAAUAUGGCUGAA